CCCCUUCCGCUCCUUUGGACCUAACACACUCCAUCUUUCAUUGUUUCCUUGUUGCUGCACUGGUUGCUAAGGGGAUGGUUGCCAGGAGGUGUGUAAGUCAAACAAUGACUGACUCUUGCUCUUCCCUCCAGCCAAAGGGAAACUCUCUUAAGCUGGCCUGGGCUGCAGGAGGGGACAUCACAGGCUUGCAAUGGAUUUCCGUGACCUGUCCUACCGGGAUUUGGUACUAAAUCGUCCAUAUGUCCCUCUUAACACCUUAGAAACUGACUUCCCCACUCCGCUCUACAGUGAUCAAUACCUUUCUCUAAGAGGACCCCGGAAUGCCCCUGUUAUAAAAGAGGCCGUCCGCUGGAAAUUCACCCCUAUGGGGUGGGAUGCCAUCCCUCAAACCUGGUAUACCGGUCUGACAAACAGCCACAACCGGGAUGCCUGGUACACCCUCACUGAGCCCCUGGGCCGGGAGACCUACCACCGUUGGCAGAAGUCCAGUGCCAAACAGGAGAAGGCUCUACCGCCUGGUUACGCCCAGCGUUUGCGAGAGAGCAGCUGGUACGAUCCGAUCAUCCCUCCUCAGUAUUCGGAUCCUAACACACGAUGGGGUGCUUUUCUAUGGAAGGAUAAGAGUAUUCCUGGCAAAGAAUAUGUCGUCAACCGCAAUCGCUGUGCUGAGGAGCUGAAGGGAAAACCAGGCUAUGUACCCCGCCUUUCUCUCCACACGCCGGUCUUCACAGCAAAGGACUACCGCACCUGGAGGAUGUUCAGCCACCAGCCUUCAACCAACAACCAGUAAAGCUUCUUCAGCUGCUUGACGUGAUAUGAUAAUCCUCCUUCGUGGUGCAAGGUGGGGAUAGCAUCUCCCCUUUGUGCUCGGGGCCCGUAUGUCCUAGGCCCAGAGCCUUGGAGUGAUGUGGCAUGGCAACGUAACCAUGCAGCCUGGAUCAUGUGGAUGUGGCCCAUUUGUUGCGACAGUGCUGUAAAAGGAAGGGGCCGAGAACGCUUCUCCCUUUUACCUGUGUGUUUGUUUUUUAAUGAAAUUGUUGGGCAGACAAUUCUUCAUGUACUUCUUUUAUACAAUGCAGAAAUAACUGGUGGGACUCCCUGCUGUGGAAUAGCAAGAGCAGUAGCACUUAGAUUUAAUAUACAGCUUCACAGUCAUCUCUAAGGCAGUUUACAGAGUCAGCCUAUUGCCCCCAACAACCUGGGUUCUUAUUUUACCGACCUUGGAAGGAUGGAAGGCUGAAUCAACUUUGAGCCGGUGAGAAUCGAACUGCUGGCAGUCGGCAGAAUUAGCCUACAAUACUGCAUUCCAACCACUGUGCCACCAUGACCCUUUAGGAUGACCCCCGCACACACUUUAAUGAUGUGGGUUUUUUUUUAAAAAAAUGAGAGAGAGAAACUACGGAAAGAUAGAAGAGAUGAAGGCAAAUGACAUCUGAGGUGAUAUAACAUGGUUGAAAAACACCAAAUAGAGUGCCUUUACAACUCCCUUUUAAGAAAACCAUGGGAAGUAAGCCUGCGCAUAAAAUGAAUGCAGGUUGGGGAUAAUUAAGACAUUAAGAUAAUUAAGACAUUUUCAAUAACUCACCUUAACUGGUAGUGUUCUAAUGACAGCCUGGGAGCCAUCUUUUGGGGAAGCGUUAAUUAAGAUUCUUGUGCCGAGCGUGGGCUGGCAGUUGGACUUUCUAGGACAUCAACUCUAUGAUUCAGUGAUUCUUGGCUGCAUUUCCUUACCUUUUAGAUCAGGGGUCUCCAACCUUGGUCCCUUUAAGACUUGUGGACUUCAACUCCCAGAGUCCCUCAGCCAGCAAAGUCAUUGCAGUCAUAAGUCAAAGCAUCAGAUGACCAGAUUUGAAUUUUCAGUUGUUUUUACAAGAUUUGUUAAGUGAAUGCUGCAGUUGUUAAAUGCGUCCAUUUUCGUCCAAUGGGCGUUUUUUGCUGGAAACAGGAAGUAGACGCUAGAAACCAGCCAAAAAAAGAGUCACAGAUUGUAGUCACGUGACUGCAGAUGUUGCAAACAGCUGUAAAGGUGAGCCGGUUCAAGCCCAGUGCCUGACCUGUCAUCAUUGUAAACCUCGGGUUUCUGUGGUCGUCAUAAGUCUAAAAACGGCUCUGGGGAGCUCCAUGGUAAUUUGGAACAACCGUUAACCGAAUGGUUGUAUGUCAAAGAAUACCUGAGUCAGCUUUGGAAGGCAUAUUAGGCCGGAAGCUUCCGUGCUGCCACUUUCUUCUCCUGUGUGGGAAACUCUGGGAGUUGAAGUCCACAAGUCUUAAAGGGACCAAGGUUGGAGAGCCCUGUUUUAGAUCAGAGCUCAACAUACUGUACAAUGCCAAGAGAGAUAAUUAUGUACCUUCCCCCACACUCGUAUACAUAUAAAAUAGCUGAAAUCUCAGUCAAUGCUCAUGUUUGCAUUGGGAUCCCCAGAGAAUGCCGAACUCUGUGUCCGGUGACAGCUUAAAAUCUAGUAAUAGUUUGGUAUUGGUAAUUGGUAUGAAAAUAAUGCAAUCUUGUGAUGCUUGCAAGAAGGUUGGUGACUCAUUUUAAGGUUGGUUUGGUGUUUUGAAUGGAUUGCGAUGGCUUUUACCAACUUUUCCAGCUCAUUGUGGUUCUUUUAAGCAUCUUAAUCUACCCAUUUUACCAGUCCUAAUAUUCCCAAAUGGAGCUGAUUUUUUCCACUUUUGGCAGUUUUUAGGAGGAAAAUAGUUUGACACCAUUUAGAUUUUUUUGGUUGUUUAAGGGUCCUUUAAAACUUAACCAAGAAUCAUGAGGGAUCAAAAUCACUACAAGAAUCAUGAUAUUUGCGGUUUGCAGUAGAUUCGCAAAGGAAGCCAUGGUCUGCUCUAAACCUUUUAAUGCUCGCUAAUUAAUAUUACCCCUUUCACACAUCUGACUCACUUGACUUUCUUCAGCAAGAGUUUUUCAGAUCAAGGACUGCAAUCCUGACUAAAACUGUACCAAGAACUAUUCUUUGUGAAGUGGAUGGAGCCAGAUUAAAAAGAGGACAAAAUAAGAAAUGGAUAAUAAUCAACACUAAAAUGAUCACUCCUCUUUUGUCAUGGUCCUUACUACAAGGUUAUAUGCACAGUUCCAUUUGAUCUAUAACAGGGUUUUUCAAAUUUGGUAACUUAAGAUGUAUGGACUUCAACUCCCAGAAUUCUCCAGCCAAGCUGUGGAAUUCUGGGAGUUGAAGUCCACACACUUUAAAGUUACAAAAGUUUAAAAAAUACUGAUCCAUUCGUAUUUCAUAUUUAUUAUUUUAUAUGUUAAAGUGAUUGGCACUUUAUCUCUCUGCCUGAAAAUGUAUGUGUCUUAAGAGUAAUUCUAAACCACAUUGAGAUUUAAAGAAAAAAAAGAAAAGAAAGAAAUAUACCAUUAAUGACUUCGGCUGCACAAUAUAGGCACUGAUGUAAAAUGAGAGAAAUAACAUGCAUUAAGGGUGUCCAUCUGGUUUGUUUAACAUGAUGCUAUUCGCACAAUGUAUUCC